CUGGAAACUACAAGGAAAACAUCCCGCUUGUCCAGAAGUACAUGCAGAACAGCAUCUCUGCAUACGGAGACGAGAUGCUGCAGAUUCGCCAAGCCGCGGCCGACAACAAGAUUUACGUCGCCUUUGGCUUCAGCGAACGGGUUGGUGCCAGUCUGUAUUUGGCCCAGGCGCUGAUCGGCCCCGACGGGAACAUUCUGCUUCACCGAAGGAAGACGAAGCCGACCCACGUCGAGCGGACGCUUUUCGGUGACUCGACGGGCGACUCCCUCACCACUGUCGUAGACACACCUCUGGGCAAGAUUGGAAUGCUCAACUGCUGGGAGCAUUUCCAACCCCUUCUCAAGUACCACACCUACGCUCAAGGCGAGCAGGUCCAUAUUGCCGCGUGGCCCUUCAACGGGGACUUCAACAACGGCAUCGAGCCGUGGUCGCUAUUCAACGAGGCCAACGAGCUCACAGCGAGCCGCAUGUACGCCCUUGAGGGGGCCGUCUACGUGCUCUGCACCAACCAGCCGCUGUCUCCCGAGGGAAGCCGGCUCAACAGCGAGGGCCAGGGCAGCGCCGACCCGGGAAGCUUCAUGCUGAGCGGUGGCGGGGGCCGGGCCGCCGUCUUCGGCCCCGACGGCCGCCAGCUCACGGAGCCCGCGGAGCGCACGUACGACGGGCUCAUCUACUGCGACAUCGACCUCGACAAGAUCGACUACGCCAAGACCCUGACCGACUGCGUGGGCCACUACUCCCGGCCUGACCUCCUGCGUCUCGUCGUCGACGACCAGCCCAAGAACUACGUCACCCGCGUCUCCCCGGAGAAGCCGACCAACACGAUCUACCACUCGACCGUCGGGGACGGAACUUUGCUGUCGACGCACAAGACUCUCGGCGAGAUUCUUCGGGCGAAGCGGAAGAAAGACGAGAGGGAUGCUGCAGUUGCCGAUGCGGCCAAGAGCUAG